CGUGUCUGUCGUUUGUGUUAAGUUGUUUUGUAGAAAGUAUAACGUUUAAAUCGAAUGCAAUGAAGUUAGUUUUGAUACUAAUUCUGGUAAUUCAGAUUAGUCUGAUUAAGCCGAACACAGCGCAAAAUGAAACAUCUUCAGAUUCAAAAGUGGCAACAAGUUUUAAAUCUGAUAAAACGAUGACGCAAACAGAAAGGAACAUUCCGGAAACAAGUAUAAGUAGACGGACAAAGUUUGUUGUAACACGAAGACCUCCUAUACAUGUUCGUCACAACAAGAUUCGAAGAGUGAAGAAAAUCCCAUUGAAGAUGAAAAUCCACAACAGAUAUAAAACGAUUGUUUAUAUCAAUCCUAAAAAUUUUUCAGUAAUAUCUCAUGUAGGAAAACCAAUAUUGAAUCAUAAAAAGCAUAUUGCAACGAAGCCAAAUAAAUAUGUAAAUAAUUCCAUUAUAAAUAAAAUCAAUACUACAGACAAUUUAAAUGAAUACAAAAAUGAGCCUACGAAAAAGCAGAUACAAACAGAAUCUGUUUGUAAUGGACCUGAAAUGAUGAAUAUCGUUUCCCCCGUCAAAGUAGUAGGCGGUAAAGAAAAAUUGAUUUUAAAUAGUUCGAAAUUAAAAGAUUUACGUAAAUUACACAAAUGUUUACUCCGAUUGAAAGGAUUGGAAAAUGCAUUUUCGAAUAAUAAACGAAAACAAAAACACAAAAAUGGGAAUUUUAAGAGUAAUGACAAAGACGCUAUGGUCAAUAUUGGCUCGUCUGAAUAUAAAUUGAAUGAGAAUAAUUUACAGUUUGUAAAUAAUCUAAGAAACGAUCUCAUCGCAAAGUCAGUUAAUGAUGGAAAAGCAACUGAAAAUAUUGAUCAUUCGCUUUCAAAAAGACAAAUAAAUAUUAUAGAAGAGGAAAGCGUUGGAACAACUUCAUCUGGUUUUAAGUUCACUGAUCGGGACUUAUUACACUCUCAACUUUUGUAUAGAAAUAUUCAUAAUUAAAUUAAUGUUAGUAGAAUAUUUUGUAAUAAAAUUUUAUUAAUGUUUGUAAUCGUAGAAAAUAAAUUCGAAUAAGACAUAUUACAUAUAUAGACAUACGCAUAAAACCGUAACUUUUAUGAUAAUCAUUAGAUGUUAAAUCCAAUUCAGUCGUAAUUAAUUUCAUACAUGAAAAAUAUUAAUAAAUUCAUGCUACAGCAUCUGUUAUACAUUAAAGUAAGUAAAAAUGUAAAAAGGUUGUGUAAAAUACUAAAUUUACGGUGGCAAUUACUCUCAAUCUCUACUGAGCUUCGUUACAUUUGGACUUAACUUUUCUGCAUCAGAUUAUAUUUUAAAUAUUUUGAUUACCAGAGAGAGUAAUGAAGUACUGAUACAACUUAUUUCAUAAUGGGUAUUUUUUAAAUAUAAAAUAAGACUAUAUACACAAGUAAAA